AUUAUAGACAUUUGCAGAAAAAAUUCCUGAGAAAGAGCAUCAAUAUAUGAUUGCGUCUUUAACCGAAAGAUUCCUGAUCCCUCAAACUGAAGUUGAAGCUUGCGUGCGCAAAACAAAAGUAAUAUUAGACGAUUUUAUAUCACUUUACGUAAUGUUCGAAACCAAAGGCGAAAACAAUGAUAGCGUAAGGAGGGCCACCUGUACGUUGGCUUGCUGCGCCCAGGCUCAAGGGGCGAUGUCUGGUACCAACAUCGACACAGCUACCUUGCACAAUAUGGUUACAAACCGCUUUGCCUCAGAUGUCGCGAAGCCGCUACUCCACGCAGCCGUGGAUGCAUGCGCAGAAUUAGGUAAUUAGACACAGUCGUUAACUCCUUCGAGGACACAGUUGCAAGUAACUUGCGAUAUUUCUUACUGUAGCGACUCUAGUAGCGUGUGUAAAUGCAUCUGAGAUUUAUUAGCCGAUGUGUUGCAUUGCUCCUUUCCAUAAUGAAACAACAUAUACAACAGUAAAUAACUCAAUUUUUGUUCACAAAACAGUUUCCUCAUUUCAAUGUAAAUGCAUUUCUCUUUUGUUUCGUAAAUUGUUUCCAACUUUCAACGGUGAAUACUCAGUGAGAAUACAUUCACUAAUAAAGAUGAAAGAAAAAUGCUCGGCACAGCGGCUAACGCAAUGCAUGAUUUUUCACUCACUUGCCACGAUCUGACAAGGAAAAUUUAGAACAAGAGUAUAAUAUAUGGUAUUGAGUAUACUACAACUAUCCUUAAAAAACAAUUUCGAAAACAUUGUUUCCACGCGGAGUCGAGUUAACCUUAAGUUUCCUUUUUACAGUAUUUGGAGGAUAUGGAGACGAAUUCAAAACGCAUAUUUAAUGAUAUUUUUAAUAACAUAUUAUUAGAUUUACAUUAGUGGAAUUGUGAAAUAUUUAGCUUUUGCUCGUGUUGGACUUAAGACAAUGCAAACGUCAUUUGACAGUCAUGUUCAUAAAAUCUUCAAUAAUUUUGAAGUGAAUUGCACGAAUA